AUGUCGGCGGCCAACCGCACCUACGAAGAACGGGCCCAGCAGCAUCCGAACGCAUGUGCCAAAGGUCUGCUUGAGACGAUUGUGCACAAGAACUCAAAUUUGUGUGUGAGUGUAGACGUGACAACCAAGGAGGAAUUUCUCGCUGUCGUCGAGGCUGUCGGACCGUACGUCGCCCUCAUCAAGACGCAUAUCGACAUCAUCGAAGACUUUGAUGACGAUUUGGUCGAGCAGCUGACGCAUCUGAGUGUGCGCUACAACUUUAUGAUCUUCGAAGACCGCAAGUUUGCCGACAUCGGAAACACAGUGAGCUUGCAGUACGCGGCCGGCGUGCAUCGCAUUGUGCGCUGGUCGCACAUGACCAAUGCCCACUUGAUCCCAGGCCCCGGCGUCAUUUCUGGCUUGGCAUCAGUGGGUGUGCCGUACCAACGUGGCUUGCUUCUUCUCGCUGAGAUGAGCACAAAGGGCAGCCUUACCACGGGCACCUACACGACCGCAAAUGUCCGCGCCGCCAUGCAGGACGAGUCGCAGUUUGUAUUCGGCUUCAUCGCCAUGCACCGCGUGCAUGAGGACCCGGCGCACUUGGAUCCUGAUCUAACACAUGAGCAGCGUGCGAAAGAUCUGCUCAUCCUGACGCCGGGUGUGGGUAUGGACGUCCAAGGCGAUGGCAAGGGACAACAGUACCGGACGCCUGAGCAAGUGAUCCGUGACAGCGGAUGCGACGUCAUGAUUGUGGGCCGGGGUAUCUAUGGGGCUUUACUCAACAAGGACCUGUCCCGCACAGAGGCUCUCGAGUCUGUCAAGGCCCAGGCACAGCGGUACCGUGAGGCCGGAUGGAAGGCGUACUUGGAACGUUUGGCGCCAACUUCGCACAGCUUCCCUCGUCGAUCGUCUCGUCACUCUCGCGAAAUACACACUUCAGUCAAAGCGGAAUCACCCCCACCUGUCAAACAGGCGCUCGAGCCAGAACCGAGAGCAUCGCCCACGAAGAAGAUCAAAAUGGAGCUCACAGCAGAUGAAGCGCGCAAAAUCAAAGUGCCACGGAGAUGGAAGGAAGUAUAUGACCUGUUGGAAAAGCAGCGUGAUGAUAUCGUCACGCCAGUGGACACUAUGGGAUGUGAGGAAAAUGGCCUUGAAGAGCGGCGCGCCGACCGUGGACGGCUACGAGCCGACGGCAAAGAAGAGGACGACAAGGAAAAGGAGCAGCGACGACAAUUCACCACUCUGGUGAGCUUGAUGCUCAGCUCCCAGACCAAGGAUCCUGUCACGGCCGAUGCCGUGUACAAACUCCAGACCAGACUGCCUGACGGCCUGACGCUUGCGUCGCUCCGUGAUGCUCCGCAUGAUCAGCUCAUCGACUGCAUCGGCAAAGUCAGUUUUUAUCGGCGCAAAGCAGACUACUUGAAGAGCAUGACACGCAUUCUUCAGGAGAAGCACCACGGCGAUGUGCCUCGCACCAUUGACGAGCUGUGCGAAAUACCUGGCGUCGGUCCGAAAAUGGCUUUCUUGCAGAUGCAGAGCAUGGGUCUUAAUGUGGGCAUUGGUGUUGACACACAUGUCCACCGCAUAUCAAACCGCCUGGGAUGGUGCAAGACCAAGACACCUGAACAGACGCGUCUCGCCCUCCAAAGUUGGCUUCCACGCGAAUACCAUGGCGUCAUUAACAAGCAAAUGGUGGGAUUCGGACAGGUCAUAUGCCUACCUGUAAGCCCUCGUUGUGACUUGUGCUACAUUGGUCGAGCCAAGCUCUGUCCCUCGUACAGAAAGGUGGAUCCCAAAACAUUGGGGAAGCGUGUGCCUGUCUACUAUAAAAACGGCACGGUCGACCGAGGCGAGGGACCGGUGCCCAUCCAAGACGAUGCAGAUGCGCACGUCACGCCUACGGAGGCAGUUGUGCGGUCUGCAGCGACCUCCCAGGCUUUGGAGUGGUAG